CUACAGGCAAACCUAAAGGCGCUUACCUGUCACAUUUUACUGCUGUUAAUAAUGCGAUAUUAUGCGGCAAAGCCUACGAUGUGGACCUUGGUGACAAAACAUUUUGCAAUCCCUUACCCUUUUUCCAUGCGUUUGGCGGUAUGCUGGGUAAUCUCGGCAUGUGUGGUGUCCCGUUUAAAAACGUAAUUCCAAACUUCUUUUAUAACGUGAAACUUGUUGUGAACGCAAUCAACAAGCACCAGUGCACCUACCUAAUUGGCACGCCUACUAUGAUUAUUGAUAUACUGGAUUAUUUGGAAACUAAUAAUAUUAAACUGGAUUCAUUGAAAGGUAUUAACACGGGUGGGUCAUCCAUGCCCAUUAAUGUGGCACAUAGGGUGCAUAAAAUUAUACCUACCUGCACCGAUGUCCGGGUCGCUUAUGGUGCCACUGAAGCCGGGGAACUCCUAUCCAGGGGACAUAACCAAAUGAUUGGCUACUGGAGGGAUGAGAAAAAUACCAGGGCUGCCAUUGACAGUAGUAAUUGGUAUAAAUCUGGUGACCUGGCCACAAUGGAUGAGCAUGGUUACAUCAAGAUUGUUGGUCGCACUAAAGAGAUGAUUAUAAGGGGCGGCGAAAACAUAUACCCCCGAGAAGUGGAGGAAUUGCUGCACAAACACCCGGAUAUACUCGACGCAUACGUGUGUGGAGUACCAGACCAUAGGACGGGUGAAGAGGUGUGCGCUUGGAUUCAACCCAAGGAUCCCAACAGAAAGCCUACAGAAGCCGAGAUCCGGGAGUUUUGCAAACAACGGAUAACCUAUUUCAAAGUACCCCGGUACGUGCUGUUUGUGGAUAAGUUCCCGUUAACACCGGCGGGUAAAGUGAAAAAGUUUGUGAUGAGGGAACAGUCGUGUCGUAUACUCGGGUUGAAUGACAAAUAA